AUGGCAUGUGCCUGCGGCAACGGGUCGAAAAACUCGACCAAGUCCAUCAAGGCCGACUGCGCGAAAUACAGUCGUGACCCAACUCGAUCGCAUCGUCUCUUGCUUCGCCAAGUACGUCGCACGAAGGCCUCCAAAGUCUCAAAGUCUCGGAUCACAGGCUUGUACCAGCGCGCGACGGUUGCAUCUACUUCCAGAAUACGAGAAAAUUCUCGGAACGAAAGGACCGCGUCCUGCCCACGCCUCUCGUUUUCUGCUUUAUCCACGAAAUCCAAUUUCCCGCUGUAG